AUGGGUUCUGGCCUUUCUGUUCGUCUGCUCUUCAUUCACUUUUGGAAUUUGGAUUCUGAGAUUUUCCUCCUGCACUCUGCAGCUCGACAACAUAUGGUUGACUGGUUUUAUAGCCUUACCAGAUUUUUGCCUAGUAAACAAAGAGGUGGCUCAACAUCUAAUGCUGAAGAAGAAACAAAUCCAUCAGUCCUGAGUGAUAAAGAAGAAGAACCAGUAGGUGAUAAAGAAGAAGAAAUUAGAGUAGGUGAUGAUGGUGAUCAAUAUGAGGAAAAAGAAAUUCUACCAAUAGGUGGUAAAGAAUUUGGGCCAUUAAACAUUUACGAUCCAGGAAAUUGGGAUAAUAUUAAUCAAAAGUUUAGGGACCUAUUAGUAGAAAAAGGUCCAAUUAGAAUUCUUGAUAUUGAUUUUGGUGUUGAUGACCUUGGUAGACAUUUUUCAUCUAAUUAUUAUGAACGUUUAUUCAAGCAAGAUCAUAACACUUCCCGAAUGACAACGGAUGGAUUUAAUGAUUGGAAACAUCUUAGUGAAAGACUUAAAGCUCAUGAAACUAGUAGUGAACACCUAGUUUGCAUGACCAAAUGGAUAGAAUUGCAAGUGAGGUUGAGAAAACUUGAAACAAUUGAUAAGAGUGUACAAGAACAAAUAGAUAGGGAGAAAGAGCAUUGGAGACAAGUGUUAAAAAGAAUAAUUGCCCUUGUAAAAACUCUUGCAAGAAACAAUUUAGCAUUUCGUGGUCAUAAGGAGAAGCUUUAUGAAGGGAGAAAUGAAAACUUUUUUAGUCAUGACGAACAAUUGUCUCUUAUAUUGCGAUGUGUAGAUGUUUCCGUCAAACCAAUAAAAGUGGAGGAAUUUUUUAUACAAUUUUUAAAGGUAGAUGAUACUUCGGGGCUAGGACUUUUUAAUGUGCUCAAAGAUAUUUUAAAUACCCUUGAUCUUGAUGUUGGUGACAUAAGAGGGCAAGGAUAUGAUAAUGGAUCAAAUAUGAAAGGAAAACACAAAGGUGUUCAAAAUAGGUUGCUUAUGGAGAAUCCUGGAGCAUUUUACACACCUUGUGGUUGUCAUAGUCUUAAUCUUACACUUUGUGAUAUGGGCAACUCUUGUGAAAGAGCCAUAUCUUUCUUUGGAGUUGUUCAACGCAUAUAUUCAUUGUUUGCAUCGUCUACAAAACGGUGGAAUAUUUUGAUGCCUUAUGUUGGAAAUCUAACACUUAAGCCAUUUUCUCAAACACGAUGGGAAAGUCGUGUUGAGAGUGUUAAAGCAAUACGAUAUCAAAGUCCACAAGUUAGAGAUGCUUUAAUUGACUUAGUUAAUACUAGUGAAGAUCCAAAGACAAAGAGUGAAGCCCAAUCCUUAGCAACAAAUGAAAUUGAGAGUUUUGAGUUCUUGAUUAGCUUGAUAAUAUGGUAUAAUUUAUUAUUUGCUGUAAAUACAGUUAGUAAAACCCUUCAAGCUGAAGAUAUGGAUAUUAAGAUUGCCGUAGAAAAGCUAAGAGGACUCAUCUUAUUUUUUGAACAAUAUAGAGAGACAGGAUUUGUGGAAGCCAUAAUUGAAGCUAAAGAAAUAGCUAGUGCAAUGGAUAUUGAACCUGUUUUUAAAACAAAACGACUAAUUCGAAGAAAAAGACAAUUUGAUGAAAUUAACAAUGAAGAUUUAAUACGUUCAGUCGAGGAGUCAUUUAGAGUUGAUUACUUUCUAUACAUAGUGGACAAAUCUAUUUCUUCUUUUAGAAGUAGGUUUGAACAACUUCAAUUAUAUGGAGAGACUUUUGGAUUUUUGUUUGAUUUGAAGAAGUUACAUUCUAUUGAUAAUGAAAGUUUGAUAUCGUAUUGCACUAAACUUGAGAAUUUUUUGAAGUGUGAUAAUCUUUAUGAUAUUGAUGCAAGAGAUUUAGCUUUAGAAUUAAAAGUUUUGUGUAACAUCUUUCCUGAAGAAGUAAAAAAACCUAUUGAAAUAUUAAAUCAUUUGCAAAUGCUUGAUGGUGGUUUUCGAAAUACAUGGAUUGCAUAUAGAAUAUUGUUAACUAUUCCAAUAACGGUAGCCUCCGCAGAGAGAAGCUUUUCAAAGUUGAAAUUGAUAAAAUCAUAUCUUCGGUCCACCAUGUCACAAGAAAGGUUAAAUGGGUUAGCUAUGUUGUCUAUUGACAGUGAUUUGGUGGAAAAGGUUGAUUAUAGUAAUAACAGGUCAAUCCCCGAUAGGGCUUCGAGCCCAGGUCAUUCUCGGGAUGAUCUUCGGGUUGGUCUCGGGAUGGGCUUCGGGGUCAAGUCAAUCCUGAAACUGUCUCUUGGGUCAGGUCUGUCUCGGGAUAGACUUCAGGGUUGGUCGGUCUCAGGACGGGCUAAAGCCCCGAACCUAGGUCUGUCCCGGGACAAUCAUCAAGGUCAGGUCGGUCUCGUAUUAGGCUUCGGGGUUGAGUUUGCCCCAGGACGGUCUUCAGGGUUGAGUCACUUAGGACUGGCUAUGGGCCUGGGUCAAACGCUGGGCGGGCUUUGUGGUUGGGUCGAUCCAGGCACGGUCUUCGAGGUCGGAUCGAUCCCGUGA